CAUUGAUAGGUGGCACUGACUGGCACUGAUGGGUGACACUGAAAGGCAGCUCAGAUGGGCACUGAUAUGUGGCAUUGAUGUGCACUGGUAGGUACUGAUAUGUGGCACUGAUGGGCACUGGCACGAGGCACUGAAGAGCACUGACAUAAGGCACUGAUGGACACUGACAGGUGGCACUGCUGGGGCUACACUGAUCAUCAGGGCACACUGAUCAUCAGUGCCCCGAUGAUCACUGUCAGCGUGACAGCUCGAGAGGAGAGAAAUGCCGAUAACCGUGAUUGGACACAGCUGAUCACAUGACCGAGCCGACAUCUUCGGCUCUUUCCGUGAUCCGCUGUGAGCCGCGCAUGCGCAGUG